AUGCAAAGGCUGCACAUAGCAAAUAUAGAUUGGGAUGACGAAAUUCCCGAGAAGUUGCAGUCAGACUGGCAACACUGGUUAGAAAUUAUUAAAUCUGCUGAGAGCGUAACGAUACCAAGAUACAUCCUCGAAGAAAGAACAGGUGAAGUAGAACUACACACCUUUGUAGAUGCUUCUGAGAAAGCAUUUUGUGCAUGUGUGUUCGUAAGAAGUGUAUCUGGAAACACACCACACGUAAGACUUCUAUCAGCAAAAUCAAGAGUAGCACCAGUAAAACCAUUGAGCAUACCACGCCUAGAGCUACAAGCGGCCGUUUUAGGAAGCCGAUUAACCAAAACGAUAGUAGAAGAAACAAGACUAAAGAUUGUUAGCAAAACAUUUUGGAGCGAUUCGCAAACUGUGCUCUCGUGGAUCAAAAGCCCGAAACGAAGAAGCACAUUUGUAAUGCAUCGGGUAGGUGAAAUCCUGGAAGACAACAGGAAAAAUGAAUGGCGAUGGGUGCCAACAGAUGAAAAUCCAGCCGAUGAAGGCACAAAGGAAAAGCUAGGAAAAUCACAAUGGUUUGAGGGACCUGAUUUCCUAAAGCUCUCAGAGUCGUCAUGGCCUUCCACUGAAGUGAAGGAAACAGACAAAGAGUUGAGAGAAACAGUGUUAGUUCACGAAGAACUAUGCAAACUUAGUUUCAUCGAUAAGUACAAGGAGUACUCAGAUUGGUGGAAGUUGGUGAAGAACCUUUGUGUAUUAAACAGGAUAAAGGAAAGAUUACGUCGUGGAUAUGUUCCAGACAUUGAGUACAAAGACUACCAAAGAGCUGAGAACGUGCUCUAUAGAAAGAUACAAUGGGAAGCGUUUCCAACAGAGAUGGAAACUUUAUUCAAUGGCGGAACAAUAGCGUCAGGACCAUUGGUCAGUUACGCAUACUUCCUAGACGAGGCAGGGGUAAUGAGAAGUGGAGGACCAUCCAUAUACGUAUUUGAUCGUGAAAGCAACACACGAAAGAUAUUUCCACCACGGCGAAAACACCAUCAUAGCAGCAUUACGGCAGAAGUAUUGGAUACUGCAUAUAAGAACAGUAUUAGCAAACGUCAAGAAGAAUUGCAAUAG